UGUUCAGAUCGAGUUUCAAAAUAUCAUCUCGCCGAAAAUCCUAUCCAGAAGAUGUUUUAUUCGUCCCGCUACUCAUAGGUUUCCCAUUCAAAAACAAACACAACCCGGCAGCAAGUAAAUUGAGAACCACAAACAUUAUGUACCGAUGCAGAGCUACCCAACCGGGUAAACCGAUUCGUUGGACCGGCUAAACCCGUCUUGGAUCCCGACGAGCAGCACGAUCAAGCUUUGCCGCGCGCAACUUCACAUAUAAAACUGGUCUUCCCAUCGAAAAAAAAAGAGCACAGAAACAGAAAUUUGACACGAUCCAAUUUAUUCACUCCGAAAAUGACCGACAACCUCAACCACGCGAUCGUUUACGGCGCAUCGGGUCUAAUCGGCUGGGCUUUGAUAAACCAGCUCUUAAGUCCGUACCCCGAGAUUGGCACAUUCUCCAAGGUUACAGCCAUCACGAACCGGCCUUUGGACUUGUCGGAGACACUUUGGCCGGAACCGGACUCGAAUCGGCCAGAUCUGCAACUUGUCUCGGGGAUUGACCUUCGAGGCUGUGAUGGUCCUGCAUUGGCCGAGAACCUGAAGCAAGCCGUACAGGGAAUUGAGGGCGUGACACAUAUUUAUUACCUGGCAUUCUCAGCCAUUGACGAUGAUAUUGAAGAGGUUGCGACUAAUCGCCAGAUGCUACAGAACGUCAUUGACGCUCACAAUAUGAUCAGCCCUAAUUUGAAGUUCGUUGCGUUUCCUGGUGGGACAAGGGGAUACGGCAUCUAUGUCCCCGGAGGAACAUUCACCCCACCGUUGGUCGAAGAAAUGGCGAAAAAUCUCCCAGUCGAGUACGCUAAGACAGUCGUUUAUCCCGCAUACCGGGAGAUCCUCGAAACAGCAAGUAAGGGAAAGGAGUGGACAUGGUGUGAAGUUUGCCCGGAUGCAAUUAUUGGCUUUACUCCAAACGGCUCGCAAUUCAGCCUAGCACUGCAUUGGGCGCAAUAUCUAUCUCUUUAUGCCUACAAAAAUGGUAUUGGGCCACAUGCACAAGACACUGCCGACAAAAGUGCAGUCGAGGUACCAUUCCCUGGAUCCACAGCCGGUGCCAAGUCGCUGUUUAGUCCUGUCUCCAGUAGAAGGCUUGCGCGGUUUAUGAUCUUUGCGUCAUUACAUCCCGAGACAUGUGGAGAUGGUCGGUUGUUCAACAUUGCUGAUCAAGAGGCACCAUGCACAUAUGGGGAGCUGUGGCCUCAGCUGACAGGAUGGUUCGGUCUGUUUGGUGUGGAGCCUGCAGAGGAUUCACAAGACACGGAGGACAAUACAUUGAAGGUGGGGGAACUCCCGCAGGUAACUUCACUGUUAGCCCCGGGGGAGUAUGUAUCCGCGUUUAAAGACAGCUUUACCGAGUGCGGGCGUCCCAAAGCGAUUACGGGAGGUGUGGGAUCUGGUUGUCGUCAGCUGGAUAGCGUGGGCUAUUGGCUGACCUUUGAUCGGCAACUGAGCCUGAAGAAGCUUAAGGAAACCGGUUUCGAGGCGGACGAAAAUCCGGUCGGGGGCUGGCUGGAGAGCUUUGCACUGUUUCGGAAGGCUGGAUUGAUCCUUUAAGCACAUCAAACUGCCACUCAGGAAAUGCAUGUUUGGAGGAGAGGUCUUGACCGUUUCAAUUAAAAUGAAUACUUUGUACAGAAAUUGAUCAGUCCAUUCUAGACGCCUUUUCAACAUUGCAAAAUUCUCCUGGUUGUAGAGAUGACUGCUAAUACCAUGAGUUCCUGGGAAACGGCAAGAGACCUACCACUAGAUAUCCUGGCCAGCGACUAAGGG